AUAACAAUCCAGGAAAUACCAGCAAACAUAUUCUAGAACUGAGAGUCAUUACAUCAGUUCAGCGUGAUCUGCACACUCCACAACACGACCACCGCUUGAUCCAGUCAAGACCCGCAGCUACUGUCAGGAUGACCGUCAAAGUGCAUAUCGUUUACUGUGGUGGAUGAGGGUACAGGCCCAAGUUCACCAAACUCAAGACGUUGCUUGAGGAUGAAUUCCCAGGCGAACUUGAGAUCACUGGUGAGGGCACUCCCUCAACCACUGGCUGGCUUGAGGUGGAAGUAAAUGGCAAGUUGGUGCACUCAAAGAAGAAUGGAGAUGGGUUUGUUGACACAGACUCGAAGUUCAGAGCCAUUGUGACUGCCAUUGAGCAGGCCAUGGGGAAAUGAGCGUGAACCGAUCAUAGAGCAGUUUUUCUUCUCUGUUUGAUGGACUCCUGGGCAGUGCAACAAUGAUGGUGACGUCCAAAGUGUUUUCUGCAUGGAUGUUGCUUGAUGCUAACCGCUCUUCCCGGGAGAAGACACUCAGAGCAGGAAACUGCUUCAGAUAAAUGCUUUAACGGUUGAAAAUAAUAAGGGAAAAUAAAGGGAAAUUAUAAAAUUAGAAAUUUGACAGAACAUGUCAAGUUGAGCUACUUUGGAAAUGUUUUUUGUUUUUGCCUCUGUUACAGCGCACAAGUUUACCAAAUAUUUUGGCAUUGUUCAAGAUUUUCAUGCAAUAAAAAAAAUUUAAUGGA